AUGCAAAGCCGGUUGCACCUCAUAACUCGCCGAAGACUGCCCAUCUAUAUUAUAGAUCACGAAAGGCAAUUUCACCAUGCGCCAUCUUAUGUUUUCUUAUCUCCUUAAGUUAUUGGCCCAUCCCGUUGUUGCUCCUUGACUUAAAACGGCACACUCUUUCCGGCUCUUCUGGGAAACUCGGUUCUGUCAGACUACGUUCCUAAGCGACCUUAGUUGCUUUAUUAUAACAAUAAUACCCUUCGUUAUUAUUCCUACCAACUACCGGGUAUAGAUCGCCCAUCAUGAGUUCGUCAUCGUCAUCGCGAAGGCGCAAGACGUCCAGCACGUCUAACGUGAUGUUUACGAACGCCGUUUACUUUCCAAACUACAAAAUCUACAGUGGCGCGACGCCAGGGAUGAUGAAUUAUAGUUGCAUCAACCACGUGUACUACGCUUUCGCCAACGUAGCGGCGGACGGUUCCGUGUUUUUGAGCGACGAGUGGGCAGAUACCCAAGCCCCUUGCGACGGCGUCCAAGGUGGUCUUGGGUCCUUGAUGCAUCUCAAGCAGAAACACUCGCAUCUGCAAGUCACUCUUUCGAUCGGGGGCGGAACUUCGAAUGAAGCGUUCCCGAUAGUUGCCUCCAACCCUCUGUUACGGGAUAACUUUGCGCAAGCAGUGCGAGGUCUCGUGGAUGCAUCCGGUUUGGACGGCAUCGAUAUAAACUGGGAAUACCCUAUGGACCAACAGCAAGGCGCCGACUUCGUUGCACUUUUGGCCGCUGUUCGGACCCAACUUCCAGAGGAGCAGUUUUACGUAACGGCUGCUCUUCCAGCAGGUCGCUCGAUUCUUCAGAACAUCGACAUCGCGCAAGCUGUUCCGUACCUUGACUUCAUAAAUCUAGAGGCUUACGAUUUCUACGGACCAUGGACGAACCGGAGCGGCCACCAAGCACAGUUGUAUUCGCUGAGUAAGGAAGAAACUUCUGCAUCUUCUGGUGUUUCGUAUCUUUUGAGUCGUGGAUGCCCUUCUCGGAAGAUCUUGUUGGGAAUCCCGCUCUAUGGGCGGAGUUUCCUAGGUGUCACCGGACCGGGACACCGGCACAAGGGUAUAGGCGGCGAGGACGGUGCGUUCGAGUAUAACUCGUUGCCGAGAAAGAAUGCCAAGGAGUCCGUCGAUAAGCGAAUAGGAGCUGCGAGUUGCGUGGGGGGCGACGGAGGGUUCGUAACGUACGAUAACCCGGAAACCGUCAAGAUGAAGGCAGCGUAUUGCAAACAAAAGGGACUCGGAGGAUUGUUUUACUGGGCGGGACCAGCUGAUUCCCGAGAAAAGUCUCGUAGUCUGAUUGCGGCCGGUUUCAGGGCGUUGCACAGCUCGUAGUCCUAUAUCGCUGACAUCCGGAGUUCCGGACAUUUUACGAAUGGCGUUAUGGCGGUCGCAUUUGCAUUUUUUGGCGUUGUAGCUCGAUCAAGGGGUUUUGGC